CUGAGACCGGACGUCAUUGUUCGCGAGGCAGAUGAACCACUGGAUCGCGUACGAGUCACAGUCGUACGGAUUGUCGUCGUUGGCACACAACUUCACUACGCAGACAUGAGGAAAUUGGCAGGUUUACGUUUUCUGAAGUUUAGCCAGAAAGACUACCAUGCUAUGGCAGCACCUGAGAUGCCUCCAUGUGAUUAUCAGCCAAAGAAGUACACAGGACUACAUUAUGACAAGAUUCAAGAAAUACGAGAAGAUCACCUGGUUCCAUGCAUUGUAUCCUACUAUAAAAAGCCUCUGUUAAUCCAUGAUGGAUAUAUGCAGUGGCUCUUUGAUCACACCGGCAAACGAUAUCUUGAUAUGUUUGGAGGAGUUGUAACUGUUAGUGUUGGACAUUGUCACCCUACUGUAAAUAAAGCAGCCAAAGAGCAGAUGGAAACUUUGUGGCAUACUACUAAUAUAUACAUGCACCCAAAAGUCCAUGAAUAUGCAGAAAAAUUGACAGCAAAACUUCCAGGAGAUCUAAAGUUUGCGUAUUUUGUGAAUACAGAUUCUGAAGCUAAUGAUCUGGCACUCAUUAUGGCUCGACUUCAUACCAAACACUUUGACAUUAUUUCAUUUCGCAAUGCAUAUCAUGGAAUGAGUACAUACACCAUGGGCCUUACUGCACUGUCCACAUGGAGGAUAAAUGUUCCUAUUGCUCAAGGAAUUCAUCAUGCAAUGAAUCCUGAUGUGUAUCAAGGGAUAUGGGGUGGUGCUCAGUGUCGGGAUUCUCCAGCACAAACAACACGGACUUGUGAUUGCCAGCCAAACAAGUGCCAAGCAAGUGAUUUGUAUUAUGACCAGCUUGAAGCUAUUUUCAAAUACUCUUUGCCAAGAGGACAGGUGGCUGGAUUAUUUGCUGAAGCUGUACAAGGACUUGGAGGAAUAGUUCAGUUUCCAAAGGGUUAUUUAAAAAGAGCUUAUGAAUUGGUGAGGAUAAAUGGUGGCGUAUGCAUUGCAGAUGAAGUACAGUCUGGAUUUGGACGCACUGGAGAACAUUUUUGGGGAUUUGAAAUGCAUGGUGUGAAGCCUGACAUUGUGACAAUGGCAAGGGCAAUUGGAAAUGGUUUUCCAAUGGCUGCUGUUGUAACAACACCUGAAAUAGCUAAAACUAUGGGACAGGUUUUGGACUUAAAUACCUUCGGAGGAAAUGCUCUUGGAUCUGCUGUUGGACUUGCUGUUCUUAAAGUUAUAGAAGAUGAACAGGCACAAAGAAACUGUCUGGAGGUUGGCACUCACUUAAUAAAACAGCUUGCAUUACUGAGAGAUGAAUUUGAAUGUAUUGGAGAUGUGCGAGGCAAGGGAUUAAUGGUUGGUAUUGAAAUGGUGGCAGACAAGGACAAGAAAACUCCGAUCUCGGCAAAACAAUUCAUGGAAAUAUGGGAGGACUGUAAAGACAUGGGAGUACUGUUGGGGAGAGGUGGACUUUGUGGAAAUGUUCUGCGCAUGCAGCCACCAAUGUGUAUUACCAAAGCAGAUGCAGAUUUUACUGUUGAUGUUAUUCGAAGGGUCCUUCUGAAACAAAGACUGAAAAACAAAAAGACCCAAGAUAGACAUAAAUGAUGUCUAUUUCUUUGGUACAAUAACUUAUUUUAAAGGCAGUUUAUCUGCAAUGGCAUGAUACAGAUGAAAUUUUUCUGAAACUGCAAUGUAUUAUCGGAAGAAUCAUAUAUUUAAAAUGUGUAACUCUUUCCAUGGCUGUUGAUCAUAAGAGCUUAAUUAACAUUAAAAAUAAACUUCAGAUUCUAUUUAAAUAUUUAAGCAUGGAUGAAAUGGUAAUAGCACACUCAAAGCCAAGGUCUCUUUUCCAGAAGAAGGAAAAAAACAGAAGUGCUGAAAGUUUAACAGUGAUGGAAUUGGAAGUGAGACCUACACCUCAAGAGUUCACUAAGUUCACAUUGCAAAACAGAAUUUUGAACAGCAAGGAGUGAAGUACUCUGAAAACAAGACGAAAAGUGGAGAAAAAUAUGGAUAACAUGACAUGACAUUUUUCAUUCUCUUAAAUUAUUCUUCUGUCUUGUGAGAAAAUGUGCUUUCAGUUGAAUUAGGCUUGAGACUUGUCAUUAGGCAUGUUUUUUUUUAACUUUACCAAAAGGAGUAUUUUCAGAAUUGUGAUCAUUGUUACAUUUUCAAGAUAAUUUUAGUAGCUAUCUUUUAUUUUGUUUUAUUACAAGGAUCCUGUCAACAGGAAGCUAGGAGAGCACUGUGCUACUUGUUUUUCAAUUUCUUAAAUUCAAAUUAGUCAUUAGUCAAAGUAUACAUUUAUAUUUACUCAAUUUUUCAAUCCUAAAAGAUGUAAAUAAAUUAAUUUCUUGUGA